AAAUCUGGGGUUAAAAAAAUGAUUAAAGGAAAGAAGAGGCAGAAGGGAACUUCAAAAACCAAGUUUGAAGAGUAUUUCGAAAUGAAGGUGCCUGGUGCUUCCAUAUCUACUCAGGAGGAUUUGGAACUGGUAAGGAAACUAGCUAAGAAACUGAAGGUGAAGGAUGGUAGAUUAAUGGGAGAUGAUAGUCUCAGUGCAUUACUUGAAGGAAUCCCAUAUGUUCUAGAUUCUUCAAAGAAGAUGUCCAAGAUGGUGGAGAAUUUUCUAAUGAGGGGUUAGUGGAUAUCUCUUGUAAUCAGAAGUGUAAAAGGAAGAAAAAGUCAGUGGAGGAAGUGGUUGAAGAUGAGAAUGUAGGUGAUUCAAGGGCUGCAGAUUCUGUGCUGGAUGAUUCUUGUGGGGCGGAUGUGGCAUAACAUGCUAGAGGCUUCUGCCAAGGCAACUUUCCGGAAGAGCUGUAAGAAGAGAAAGACUCAGUUUAAUAAUUUUAACACAUCUAC